AUGUUACCUCAUGGGGCAAGGAUGCGAACGAGUAAAGAAUCUUGUUUUUUUACGGGAUUACCAACAUGGUUUUAUUCACUGUCGCACUUUUUUGUUGCACUUGGUAUAUGGGGUUCCAUUACGUGCAUGGUGUUAUUUCUGCUUACAACUUCUUUAAGAAGUAAAAAAUCGGAAACUUCCGUGGCAAAAACGGGUGGUACUUUCCUUCCAGAGGGAUGUCGUAAGGGGUGUGACACGACAUUUGGGGCCAUUCUUGGCAUUGUAAAUGGUGUCGUGAGCUACAGCAACUGCAACUCCUCGACCUGCACUUCCAACUUGUGGCAUCCAAUGUCAUCACUUUUGGCUCAUGCUGAUUAUAAUAAUGAAAACAGAUGGAAUAACACCAACACAAGCGGAUUGGAGUGGCAAUGUGUGGAGUUUGCAAGGCGGUAUUGGAUGCUUCGUGGAACUCCCGUGCGUGCAACGUUUGACUCAGUGGUCGGAGCUGCCGACAUUUGGGCACUGAACUCCGUGCGGCUUCUUGACGGCUCUAAAACGCCGCUGCUUAAAUACCCCAACGGCCUCCCACGCCGUGAUGGCGGCUCCGCUCCACGUGCCGGCGACCUGCUGAUAUACCCGCGUCAGCGGAAUGAUUUUCCGUUUGGGCACGUCGCCGUCGUUGUCGGUGUGACGAAGAACUCUGUUCUCGUUGCAGAGCAGAACUGGGACAACAAGAUGUGGCCCGGACCGUAUCACAACCACUCCCGCGAAAUCCGCAUGCUGUACAGCCCCAUCCAUGACGCCUACAACAUUACGGAGGAGGAAAACAUCAUCAUUGACGGGUGGAUGAGGUACGCCACGUAG